CAUUAAACCCAAAAUAAGAAGACUUGUGAACCUAUAAAAACGGUCAUAAACAUCACAUUAUACGCGAGGCAGCAAUCGGGACAGCUAUUAGCUAAUUGUGAGUUCAGCAUCACAGAUUGUUGUUGUGGUGCACCCGCAGACACGUACUAGAUGAACACGCCAAAACAAGACAUCACAAAGAGUGAAAUCCUGAAUGAAAUCCUGUGUGACGUCAGUUUGUCAUUAUGGAGAACAGAGAGAGCAGAACAGAGAGAUCUUCAUCUCCUGAUCUUCCUCUUAACCUCAGUGAUGAACCAGUGACCUCUGACCUCAGGAUCUCAUGGAAGCUAAUAUCUUCAUCUCCGGAUCACAGCUGUGUGUCUCUGAAGAGUGAUGCAUCCAUGGGUCCUCCUCCUUUAUUCAGUGAUGAUCCAGUGACCUCUGACCCCAGGAUCUUCAUGAAGAGAUCUUCAUCUCCUGAUCACAGCUGUGUGUCUCUGAAGAGUAACGCAUCCAAGCUGUAUAAUCCUCCUGCAUUCAGUAAUGAUCCAGUGACCUCUGACCCCAGCAGAUCAGAUGGAGAGAGAAGCAUCUCUGGAGGAGUCUCCUCUGUCUUCUGUCUGAACAACACGAGCGUUACAGCGUCUCUGAAUAAACAUGAUCAAGCAGUGAAAGAUGAACUACAGAGAGUCAAAGAGCAGCACAAAACCAGCAUGAAGAACAAGUAUGAGAGAUUAUGUGAGGGACUGAAACUCCAGGAGAAUGAAAGCCUCCUGAACAGCAUCUACACACAGCUCUACAUCAUAGAGGGAGAGAGAGAAGGAGUGAAUGAAGAACAUGAGGUUUUACAGAUGGAGAAAACAGCCAGAACACAACCCUCACAAGACGCUCCAAUCUACUGCAAUGACAUCUUUAAAGCCUCCGCUGAAGCAGGAUCUGAGGAGAAAGAGCAGAUCAAGACUGUUCUUACUAAAGGCAUCGCUGGAAUCGGAAAAACCGUCUCUGUGCAGAAGUUCAUCCUGGACUGGGCCGAGGGAAAAGCCAAUCAGGAUGUAGAUUUCAUGUUUGUGCUUCCAUUUCGAGAGCUGAACUUGAUCAGAGAUCAUCCGUACAGUCUUCACAGACUUCUGCUGGACUUUCAUCCUGAACUUCAAGAUCUGGACUCACAGAUUUAUGAGGAGUGUAAAGUUGUGUUCAUCUUUGAUGGUCUGGAUGAAAGCAGAAUCACACUGAUGUUUUCAGACGCUCAGAAAGUUUGUGAUGUGACUGAGACUUCAUCAGUGGCUGUGUUGAUGUCAAAGCUGAUGAAAGGAGAGCUGCUUCCCUCUGCUCUCAUCUGGAUCACCUCCAGACCAGCAGCAGCCAAUCAGAUCCCCUCCAAAUACAUCCACCGUCUGACAGAGAUUCAGGGAUUCACUGAGCCUCAGAAGGAGGAAUAUUUCAGGAAGAGAAUCAGUGAUGAGCAUCAAGCCAGCAGAAUCAUCUCACACAUCAGAAGAGCAAGAAGCCUCCACAUCAUGUGCCACAUCCCCGUCUUCUGCUGGAUCUCAUCCACUGUGCUUCAGAAGCUCCUGGAAGAAGAUCUGAGAGCAGAAAUCCCUCAAACUCUGACUGAAAUGUACAUCCACUUCCUGCUGAUUCAGAUCAACAUGAGGAAGCAGAAGUAUGAAGAGAGAGAUCCAGAGAAACUCCUGCCGUCCAACAGAGAAGUGAUUGUGAAACUUGCUGAAGUGGCUUUCAAACAGCUGAUGAAGGGCAAUGUGAUGUUCUAUGAGGAGGACCUGAUUGAGAGCGGCAUAGACGUCACUGACGCCUCGGUGUAUUCUGGGAUUUGCACUGAGAUCUUUAAGCAGGAACCUGUGAUUAAUCAGAGGAAAGUCUACAGCUUCAUUCAUCUGAGCGUUCAGGAGUUUCUCGCUGCUUUCUAUGAGUUUUACUGCUAUGUAAUGAAGAACAAAGAGCCAGUGGAUGAAUUCAGAUGUGAUUUUGAUGAAGACCCUCUGUAUGAUCAAACAUCAGAAGUAGAUAACGCUGUGGAUAGUGAGAAUGAAAAAGUCUCUCUGUAUAAUCUGCUAACAUCAGCAGUAGAUAAAGCUGUGGAUAGUAAGAAUGGUCAUCUGGAUCUGUUCCUGCGGUUCCUGCUGGGCGUCUCACUGGAGUCCAAUCAGAGACUCUUACAGGAUCUACUGACACACACAGAGAACAGCUCAGAGACCAUCAGAGAAACCACACUGUACAUUAAAAUGAAGAUCAGAAAUGAUGGUGUUAAUGAUUAUUUUAAACAUCCUCCUCUCUCAGUUGGUGAAUCCAUCAAUCUGUUCCUCUGUCUGCUGGAAGUGAAAGAUCAGACUCUGUUCAGAGAGAUUCAGGAGUUUGUGAAAUCAGACAAACACUCAGAGAAACUCUCUCCUGCUCAGUGCUCAACAAUCUCCUACAUGCUUCAGAUGUCAGAGGAGACGCUGGAUGAGUUUGAGUUCAAGAAAUACAACACAUCAGAUGAGGGGAGAAGAAGACUGAUACCAGCUGUGACCAACUGCAGAAAAGCUCUAUUUUCUGGCUGUAAUCUCACUGCUCAGUGUUGUGAGAGUUUGUCAUCAGCUCUACAAUCCUCAAACUGUGUCCUGAGAGAGCUGGAUCUGAGGAACAAUGACCUGCAGGACUCUGGUGUAAAGAUUAUUUCUGAUGGACUGAAGAGUCAGAACUGUCAGCUGCAGAAACUGAGUCUUGCUGGCUGUAAUCUCACUGCUCAGUGUUGUAAGAGUUUGUCUUCAGCUCUACAAUCCUCAAACUGUGUCCUGAGAGAGCUGGAUCUGAGGAACAAUCACCUGCAGGACUCUGGAGUAAAGAUUAUUUCUGAUGGACUGAAGAGUCAGAACUGUCAGCUGCAGAAACUGAGUCUUGCUGGCUGUUAUUUCACUGAUCAGUGUUGUGAGAGUUUGUCAUCAGCUCUACAAUCCUCAAACUGUGUCCUGAGAGAGCUGGAUCUGAGGAACAAUGACCUGCAGGACUCUGGAGUAAAGAUUAUUUCUGAUGGACUGAAGAGUCAGAACUGUCAGCUGCAGAAACUGAGUCUUGCUGGCUGUAAACUCACUGCUCAGUGUUGUGAGAGUUUGUCUUCAGCUCUACAAUCCUCAAACUGUGUCCUGAGAGAGCUGGAUCUGAGGAACAAUCGCCUGCAGGACUCUGGUGUAAAGAUUAUUUCUGAUGGACUGAAGAGUCAGAACUGUCAGCUGCAGAAACUGAGUCUUGCUGGCUGUUAUUUCACUGCUCAGUGUUGUGAGAGUUUGUCUUCAGCUCUACAAUCCUCAAACUGUGUCCUGAGAGAGCUGGAUCUGAGGAACAAUGACCUGCAGGACUCUGGAGUAAAGAUUAUUUCUGAUGGACUGAAGAGGCAGAACUGUCAGCUGCAGAAACUGAGUCUUGCUGGCUGUAAACUCACUGCUCAGUGUUGUGAGAGUUUGUCUUCAGCUCUACAAUCCUCAAACUGUGUCCUGAGAGAGCUGGAUCUGAGGAACAAUCACCUGCAGGACUCUGGUGUAAAGUUUAUUUCUGAUGGACUGAAGAGUCAGAACUGUCAGCUGCAGAAACUGAGUCUUGCUGGCUGUAAUCUCACUGCUCAGUGUUGUGAGAGUUUGUCAUCAGCUCUACAAUCCUCAAACUGUGUCCUGAGAGAGCUGGAUCUGAGUAACAGUGACCUGCAGGACUCUGGUGUAAAGAUUAUUUCUGAUGGACUGAAGAGGCAGAACUGUCAGCUGCAGAAACUGAGUCUUGCUGGCUGUAAUCUCACUGCUCAGUGUUGUGAGAGUUUGUCUUCAGCUCUACAAUCCUCAAACUGUGUCCUGAGAGAGCUGGAUCUGAGGAACAAUCGCCUGCGGGACUCUGGUGUAAAGAUUAUUUCUGAUGGACUGAAGAGUCAGAACUGUCAGCUGCAGAAACUGAGGUUGUCUGGCUGUAUGGUGUCAGAGGAAGGCUGUGGUUAUUUGUCUUCAGCUCUGAGUUCAAACCCCUCACACCUGAGAGAGCUAGAUCUGAGCUACAAUCACCCAGGACCAUCAGGAGUACAGCUGCUCAAACACAGAUUGGAGGAUUCAAACUAUACACUGAAGACACUCAGUGUGGAUCAUGGAAGAGAGAUCAGGAUGAGAGCAGGACUACGAAAGUAUGCCUGUGAUCUCACACUGGACCCAAACACAGCACACUCUCGACUCGUUCUGUCUGAUGGGAACAAGAAGAUCAGACGCGUGUUUGAUCGUCAGCCGUAUCCUGAUCAUCCAGAGAGAUUUGAUGAUGUUCCUCAGGUUCUGAGUGUUGAGAGUCUGACUGGACGCUGUUACUGGGAGACUGAAUGGAGCGGAUCUGCUGUUAUAUCAGUGUCAUAUAAAGGAAUCAACAGGAAAGGAGGAUGGAGUGAUGACUGUGUGUUUGGAAACAAUGACAAAUCCUGGAGUCUGGAGUGCUUUGAUGACGAAUUCACUGUCUGUCACAAUAAUAACAGAACUGUUAUUCCUGCUGUCCAUUCAUCCUGUAAUAUAGUAAGAGUGUAUUAUAAGAGAGUAGGAGUGUAUGUGGACGUGUCUGCUGGUGUUCUGUCCUUCUACAGCGUCUCUGACACACACACACACACACACAUACACACAAUCAACACCACAUUCACUGAACCCCUUUACGCUGGAUUUGGAGUUAAUAAUAACUCCUCAGUGUCUCUGUGCGAUAUUAAAACAUAGAGAGACUCUUUCUGAUGUUAACUUCCACACAAACUCAUCAAACCUCUAUGAGGGGCCGUACAAGCCAUAAUUCAUUCUGGCACUCUCACACAUGUACAUUCUCCAUUCGCAUACAUACAUAAAUACGGCCCUAUAUAAAUCUCACAUCAUUACAUUUCUAUUCAUUUUUCAUUAGUUUUUGAUCGUCAUACAGAAGUUAUGAAUCUAGAUCAGACUCAUACUGUUCUGAAUCUUUAAUAAACAGAGUAAUAUGUGUGCUUUAAUAUUUCUAUUGUAAACUGCUCAUCAAAUGUAAUAAAAGUCCAUGAGUGACUCAUUUGAUCCUGAA